GUCAGGCUCAGAGCGUCAGUCUGUGUAGCUGGUACUUCCUGGUUUCAGAAUAAAACGCCUUUCUGUCGGCGCUGCUCUGAAGUCUCAUGUGUUUCCUGAGCUCAGCCUCUGUCCGUGUGUCCGAACCUCCAGCACGUGAACCCGGCUCCAGCUUCAGCAGGUCCAGACCAGCAGGAUGUCCACGACGUCUCAGAAGCACCGGGACUUUGUGGGCGAGCCGAUGGGAGACAAGUCUGUGACGGCUCUGUCGGGCAUCGGAGAGAUCCUGGGGAAGAAGCUGGAGCAGCAGGGCUUCGACAAGGCCUACGUGGUUCUGGGUCAGUUCCUGCUGCUGAAGAAAGACACAGAGAUGUUCACCGAGUGGCUGAAAGACGCCAGCGGAGCAAACUCCCGUCAGGCCGGGUCCUGCGCUCAGUGUCUGAAGGAGUGGUGCGACGCCUUCCUCUGAGACUCCGCCUCCUCACCUGAGACCCGCCUCUUCCUGUUCCUCCCACUGUUCGCUCUCUUCCUGCUUCCGAAGCUGCUGUCACAUCUGACAACUGUGUGUUCGGCUCAAAGCUUCUCUGCUGCUGCUGUGAACGUUUUCAGGUGAAUCCAUUAGCCUACUUCCUGGUCGGCUGCGACAUCACAGCGACCUGACACGUGUUCAUUUAUCUGAUCUGAGCUUGUUUGUUGGGGAAAGUUCACAUGAAUAAAAGUUUUGUGUCUGAA